UCACGGCCGGCCGGGGGCCGUGACUGGCGGCCGCGGGGACAUCGCGCAGCCGGGCACGGUCUCGUUUACCCGACACGUGCCACUGGAGCUCGGGGCGACUCCGCCGCCCUUCCUAGCGCGUAGCGCGUCCCGGCCGCGCUGCCGGCGCCAUGGGUUGGGUGGGGCUAGGCUGCGGGAAAGAGCAGUAGGGAAGUGGCUGCCAGCCGUGUCGAGAAUUGCUGCAGCUGUUCCCGUGGGCCCGUGCUGCUGGUUUGUGGAUUAUGAGAAAAAAAUACGUAAUUGCAGAGAUGAUGCUGUGGUGCUGAACAUUUCUCUGGUGACGAAUGCUCCCGCUGCUCCUAGCUCCCUCAGUCGAUUUAUUGAUACUGAAGCCUCUUGUUCUUAGGUUUGCUUUUCUGCAGUGAGCUCCUGAAAGUCUCCUGACAGUGAGAUCAAGGUGCCUUUUACAGCUCAUCUUUCCAGAUGUUAAGUUUUCUCUGACCUCGUCAGAGGUUUCUCGUAGUUGAGGAAAAUACGUAUUUUCUUUCUGCAGCUAUGUUAUUGAUACUUCUUCACUUGUUUAAUGGUUUUAGAGUGGUAGUAAAACUGAGCAUCCUGAAGCUAAAGUAGGUAGUAUUCAAUGAUCUUGUCUUUAACUAAAUCGAUGUGCCAUACACUGUCUGAAGAGAAUGAGUAUUUUUUCCUUACAUAUGUACCUUUGUGUCUGUAGGUUAUAUGUAUGUACCUCUGCAUAUGUGUGCAUACAUUUAUACAUACUUACAUGUCCACAUACAUACAAACGUGUGUGUGUGUGUGUGUUUCUAUGCAAAAAAAGUGUGAGUAUAAAUAGUUUUGUUCGCAAAUGCCUCAGCACUGAAGUUAUUAUUCAGAAUGAAGCACUUAUCUAAAACAGCAGACUAUUAUAUAAGUUAACUCAAUAUAAAUAGUAUUUCUGGGUUUUCAUUAUAAACAGCUUAUAAGAGCUAUAGGUACUUCGUUUUGGCUUUGUGCAUUUAUUCUCAAGGAACUUGUCUGUGAUCUGCAGCAUGGGGGAUAACUGAUUGGAAUGUACCUCUUUGGGGAUUUCCUGGACCUCAGCAGUGUAAAUCACUUGUCUGAUACAAUUUAAACUAGUUCUAGAAGUUUUACAUCCUGAAAAAAUGCAUGUGAAGUUCACAUUGCCUUUUGUUGUUCUGUGUAGCAGCAAAUGCAAUUUCUGGAGAGGUUCCAAUGCUGAUCACACAAUUAAUAUUCACAUUUUGACUUAAAUGUUUUAGUCAGGCUGGUCAAACUUUGGAUUGGCAACACAAGUAUGUGGGUUUGCACUGAUGUUUUGCCAUCAGUAGCUUUGCUGUCUGUGAAAGUAAGCAGAAGGGAGCUCUUGGACAAAUUCAAACAAAAAGGGAAAGGAUGCGAGUGAGGACAGGUACACUGGGAGGACUGCAGAGACGUCUUUCGGGCAGUCAGGGGUUAGGUUGGGAAGGCCAAGGUUGGGCUGUGAGGAUAGUGAAGCCCUGGCACGGGGUGCCCAGAGAAGCUGUGACUGCCCCAUCCCUGGAAGCAUUCAGGGUCAGGCUGCACGGGGCUUGGAGCAACCUGGGAUAGUGGAAGGUGUCCCUGCCCAUGGCAGGGGGUGAAACUGCAUGGGCUCUAAGGUCCCUUUCAACUCAGUCUGGGAUUUUAUGAUUCUCUGCUUAAACAAUGCUAGGUGAAAAACUUACUUUGCAAAUAAGUUUUUCUUUCCUUUUUUUUGCUUCAGAAGUUGUCUUGCUAAGGUAGUAUGUUUCAUUUACGAAACAGGAAAAUUAAGUCUGUUUAAAUCUUUUUCAGAUUUUUUUUCAAAUGGCGACAUUAAUUCACACUUUAUCAGAUCAUAGUGAUGAUGUCAGUUACUGUGCCUUCUCAUCAUCGUGCUUGGCUACUUGUUCCUUGGACAAAACAAUCCGCGUUUAUUCUUUGAGCGACUUUGCGGAGCUGCCGUACUCGCCUUUGGAAGGGCACGCGUACGCCGUGCACUGCUGCUGCUUCUCGCCGUCGGGGCGGCUGCUGGCCUCGUGCUCCACGGACGGCAGCUCGGCGCUGUGGGACACGCGCGACGGCCGCAGGCUGGCCGUGCUCCCGCAGCCCGGGGCCAGCCCCGUCCGGGUCUGCCGCUUCUCUCCGCAGGGCCCCUACCUGCUGGCGGGGGCGGCGGACGGCAGCGCCGUGCUUUGGAACGUGCGGUCCAUGCAGCUCUACCGAUCUGGGAAAGUUAAAGAUGGUUCUUUGAUGGCUUGUGCAUUUUCUCCCGAUGGAAACUGCUUUGUCACUGGAUCAUCUAGUGGUGAUUUAACCAUUUGGGAUGAUAAAAUGAGAUGCCUGUAUAAUGAAAAAGCACAUGAUCUCGGUGUUACCUGCUGUGAUAUUUCUUCACAUCCAGUAUCUGUUAGUGAAAAUGGAUUCAAAUACUUCCAGAUGGCUUCCUGCGGACAAGAUAAUCAUAUCAAACUCUGGCUUAUUUUGUUUGCAGAUUUCUCAGGUGUUCAGUUAAAAUAUAAAUGCACACUGAAUGGGCACUCUGCCCCAGUUCUGGCUUGUGCAUUUUCAUGUGACGGACAGAUGGUAGUCUCGGGGUCUGUGGACAAGUGCGUCAUAAUCUAUGAAACUAGUACUGGCAAUACCCUUCAUACUUUGUCUCAGCAUACAAGAUACGUUACAACUUGUGCUUUUGCACCACGUAGUCCUUUACUUGCCACAGGCUCAAUGGAUAAAACUGUGCACAUAUGGCAGCUUGACCUUAAACAACCCUGUGCAGGAGGUACUGUAGAAAAUGAAUCAAAGGUGGCUGUUGAGGACUGGUCAGAGGAUGAUGUUUCAGCCUGGCUCUGUGCACAGGAUUUAGCAGACUUUGUUGGACUUUUCAAAAUGAAUAAUAUUGAUGGCAAGGAACUACUGAAUCUUACUAAGGAAAGUCUUGCUAAUGAAUUAAAAAUUGAGUCUCUUGGCCUGCGCAGUAAAGUUCUCCAGAAAAUUGAAGAACUGAGGAUGACAAUGACCUCAGUUUCUGUUCCUGAUGAGUUCCUGUGUCCUAUAACAAGAGAGCUUAUGAAAGAUCCUGUCAUUGCCACAGAUGGCUAUUCCUAUGAAAGGGAAGCAAUGGAAAACUGGAUCAGCAACAGACGCUCUAGUCCCAUGACGAAUCUUCCUCUGCACUCUCUUACACUCAUACCAAAUAGAACACUAAAAAUGGCCAUUAGUCGCUGGCUAGAGACUCAGCAGAAAUAGUUAAACCACUUAAUCUUGAAAUUGUUUGUUAAAAUUAAUUGAAAUUUUAUGCAGCUGGAGGAAUUAAUUGUAUCAGAAACAAAUGGAAAGCAAAACUUGUAUUUCUCUUCUAUCUGUGGCUGGUUCAGCCUUCACUGGUGGGAACUCCCAGAACACCUUUUAAGUUCCUGGUAGUUCUACUUUGUGGUAUUUCUGUUUAGGAAUCAAGUACUCAAACUCAGUUUUUCAAAUAAAAUUUUCUUAUACUUUUUACUA